CUUGUUCCUUGAUGAUCUACCACCAUACAUACAAUUACACAAUGUCUUCGUCCCAUUUCUCUACCUCUUUCUUUCGGUCGCCUUCAUCGAUAACAUCCUCCUCCACCGUCCGUACCCAUGGGCUGCGGUAUGUCCAAGUCCCAUCUUUUGGAUGAGGGGUUUGGCUCCCGCAACCCCUUUCAAUUCCACCAUAAAACCGACACCCCUUCUCCCAAAUUGCUAAAGGGUUCAUCAGAACCAUCUAUCGCGGACCAUCAUCCAGUGUUGCAAAAAAUCAAUACCGCUCCGGUUAAUCUUGGUAAUGACGAUAAUGAUGCAAUGUGGAUUGGAUCUCCUAGCUUUCGGGUGUACGUUCAAUCCGACCGGACAACAGGUGAUGAACAGGAAAAGCAGACCGUAAUUGGUACACGUGGAGGUGGAAAUUAUGUAUGCAACGGCGAGGUUUGCGUAUGGAGAGGAUCGAAUGCGGAGGAACAUGAAGAUAAACAAGAUAUAAGAGGAGGAAGAUUUAGAAAGGCGUUUCAGGGGCACAGAGUCGCUUUCUGGCAUGGCGGGCUGUGGCAUGUCGGCCACCCGAAAGCAACCAGAAAAACAGUCGGAGCCUAAUCUUAAAGACUUAAUCUUACCGCCAUCCAUGAUGAAGCAGACCGGGAUUCACUCAUUUCUGAUGUAAACUAAUGUCUAUCUCUAAAGGGGUUUGAUUAUUCUGUACUAUGAUUGUUUGGGAAGUAUGAAAUAACAUUAAAAAUCCUAACAAGUAUAAGAAGAGU